GGUGGAGAGGCUGGGAGCUAGGACUCCUGGGUUCUAUCCCUGCUAUGCCACUGACUUCAUAUGCAAGGUUCAGCGAGUCACUUCCCCUCGGCGGCGUCUCUCUUGGGAGGGUGGCGAGGCAGCGGUCGCGUGUCUGACAGUGACUCUCACGCUGGAGGCUGCGGUCCCUGCGGAGCGGCCUGAGAACAGGGGUUUGGGGUGGAGGGAAACGCCGGAGCCGCCCUUCCCCCACUCUCCCACGGCUCCGGCUCUGCGCCUGCUGUUCCACAGGUGGGCGAUGGAGCAGCCCGUGUGCCUCAUCGCCAACCCGGCCGACGGGCUGGAGGUGAUGGAGGAGGCGCUGAAGGCCCUGCGUGGCGUGGAUCAGCCCGUGGUGGUGGUGGCCGUGGCCGGGCUGUACCGCACCGGCAAGUCCUACCUUCUGAACCAGCUGGCCGGCAGGAGAACCGGGUUCUCGCUGGGCUCCACCAUCGAGUCGCACACCAAGGGCAUCUGGAUGUGGUGCCUGCCCCACCCCCGCCGGGCCGGCCACACCCUGGUGCUGCUGGACACCGAGGGGCUGGGCGACGUGGACAAGGGUGACACCAAGAACGACGCGUGGAUCUUCGCGCUGGCCGUGCUCCUCAGCAGCACCCUGGUCUACAACAGCAAAGGGACCAUCGACCAGUACGCCAUGGAGCAGCUGCACUUUGUGUCUGAGAUCAGCACCCACAUCCGGAUGAAAGCCCAGGCCGGGGAUGGCUUUGAGGACGACACUCAGUACUCCCGCUUCUUCCCCAAAUUCAUCUGGGCCGUGCGGGAUUUCACGCUGGAGCUGAAGCUCAACGGGCAGGCGGUGACGGAGGACGACUAUCUGGAGAGCGCGCUCGCGAGGAGGAAGGGUUUCACAAAGGAAGUGUCCGAUUACAACGUGAUCCGGGACUGCCUUCGCAACUACUUCCCCACCCGCAAGUGCUUUGUCUUCGUGCCGCCCGUGGCGGGGGAGAAAAUGAGUCAGCUCUCCACACUGCCGGACAGCGCCUUGCACCCGCAGUUCCUCGCGCAAGCCACCAGCUUCUGCGAGUACGUCCUGCGGGAGUCGCAGGUCAAGACCGUCCCCGGAGGGCAGCCCGUCACUGGCCGACUGUUCGGCUCCUUAGUGCAAAGCUACGUGGACACCAUCCGCAGCGGGCAGGUGCCCUGCCUGGACAACGCGGUGACCGCCAUGGCCGCCAUCGAGAACGAGGCGGCCCUCAGGGAGGCGCUGGCUCACUACGCGGCCGGGAUGGGGGGGCUGCGGCUGCCGGCGGAGCUGGCCGAGCUCUUGGCGGCGCACGGGACACACGAGGCGGACGCCCUGCAGCUCUUCAUGCAGCGCUCCUUCAAGGAUGAGGGUUACACGUACCACAAGCGGCUGAUGGAGGCGAUCAAGGAAAGUUACGGGCGGUUGUUGGGCCAGAAUGAAGCUGCGUCCAAGGACUCCUGCCGCGCCCUGCUGGAGACGCUCUCAGCUGCCAUGCAGAAGCAGUUCAGAGACGGGGUCUACUCCCAGCCCGGGGGGUACGAGCUGUAUCUGAGAGAUCGGAACCAGGUGGUGGAAGAUUUCCGCAAGACCCCCAACAAAGGAGUCAAGGCGGAGGAGGUACUGGAACAGUUCCUGGCCAGCAAGAGGAGCGAAGCAGAAACAGUCCUCAACGUCGACAAAAAGAUGACUGAAGCAGAAAAGGACCUGGCCACCCAGAAGCAGACGGCGGAGCUCCUGGAGCAGCAGCGGAAGGUGGCGGAGGAGAAGCGGCUGCAGACGGAGCGGCUGAUGAAGGACCAGGAGCGCAGCCACCAGGAGAUCGUGAAGCAGCUGGAGGCCAAGGUGGUGGAGGAGGCGGCUAAUGCCCGGCAGGAGGCGGCGCGGGCGCUGGAGAGCAAGCUAAAGGAGCAGGAGGCCAUGCUCCAGCAGGGUUUUAAGGAAAUGGCCCAGAUGCUGGGGGAGGAGAUCGCCGACCUGAGGAAGGAAAUAACCGAUUCCAAAGGGCAGGAGCUUCUCAACAUGGCGAAAGUCUUAGCUAAGACUCUCACGAUCGCAUAUGAUCUGUUCGUCCGUGACGACGGAGAUGCCCCCCCCCCCUUCCCGGAGCCAGGCCGGCGAGAGAACCGGGCGGCGGGUGUGAACCAGGCCAUCAGCCAGGGCUCCGCACGGCUCCGCACGGCCCGCUCCGGACGCAUGAAGCAAUGGGGCGUUUCGCUGCUCUGCCCCCUGCAGCCGGCAGCCAGGCCCGGCCCGACCCAGACGCAGAGUACGCAGCUGUGUAGGGCACCAGGAAAUGUGGGGCACCAAAUUCCCUGGUGCCCUACGCACCUGCCUGCUGCUCCAGCCCCAGCCCCACUGCCUCUUCCUACCCCUGCUCCGCCCCCGCCCCUGCUCCACCCCCAUUGGAUCGCUCGGCAAAUGCAGCCGGCAGCCGCUUAUCACUGGGCAGGGCCGGCUGCAGGGGACGCUCCCUUCGGCAGCUGGGCUGGCAGGUGCCCCCUCACCCCUGCCCCGAUGGAUCUGUACCUCGGCUUCGUCAUUCUGGAGGGGCUCCUGGCCCUGGCCGUGGUGGCCACCAACCUGCUGGUGUGCGCCGCGCUCUGCCUGCACCGGGAGCUGCGGAGCGUCACCAACUGUCUGGUGGCCUGCCUGGCGCUGGCCGACCUGGGCGUGGGCGCCCUGGCCAUCCCCUUCUCCGUAGUGCUCAGCCUGGAGCUCACCCUCUGCUUCUACACCUGCCUCUUCCUGGCCUGCUUCCCGCUGGUCACCACCCAGUUCUCCAUCCUCCUGCUGCUGCUCAUCGCGCUCAACGCCCACCUGAAAAUCCGUCUGCCCAGCAGCUACGCCAUGUACGUGAGGAGGGGCCGGGUGCUGGGCGCCGUGGGCCUGUGCUGGCUGCUCUCGCUGCUGAUCGGCCUCUCCCCCAUGAUGGGUUGGAACCGGCAGGGGCGCUACAUGGAGCGGAACUGGAACCGGACCCUGGCCGUCAGCUACGCCGCCGAGCGAGCCGCCGUGGUCCUCAUCGCCCGCGACCAGCCCUACGGCGGCUUCCUCUCCAAGGUGUACCCGGGCACGCGCGGGGCGCCCCCCUACAGCCACCUGCACGACGAGCACCUGGGGCGCUGCUCCUUCACCUCCGUCUUCGCCCCCGAAUACCUGGUCUACUUCGUCUUCUUCGCCUGCACGCUGCUGCCCCUGGGCGCCCUGCUGGGCAUCUACGCCAACCUCUUCCGGCUGGUGCGCGGGCACUUCCUUGCCCAGCCGCUGCGGGCGGCCAAGCGAGGGGAGCUGCCGAUGGCUCGCACCCUCCUCCUCCUGCUCGGCAUCUUCUGCCUUUGCUGGAUCCCGCUGCACGUCAUCUACUGCGUCCGGCUCCUCUGCCCCGGCUGCCGGAGCUACGCGGCCCUGGACCGCCUGGCCGUGCUGCUGUCCCACCUCAACUCCCUGGCCAAUCCGCUGGUCUACGCCAUGAGGAAGAAGGACUUUGGGCGGACGCUCAGGUCCGUCUGCCUCCGCUACGUCCCGUGCUGCUCCCGCGCCAAGGUUCAUCCCCAGGGCCGGAGCGGCCGAAGAUAA